AUGGGAGGAAAUCAGACACAAACUAAAUUUAUCCUCUUGGGAAUUACAGACAGACCAUGUGCACAAACUCCUCUUUUUGUAUUGUUUCUAUUGAUUUACAUUGUCACUCUGGUGGGGAACGUUGGCAUUAUCACAUUGGUUCGGGUGUCUCCCAGCCUCCACACCCCCAUGUACUUCUUCCUCACUCAUUUCGCCUUCAUUGACAUCUGCUAUUCCACAGUCAUCUCCCCCAGGAUGCUGGCAGACCUCUUAUCAGAGGACAAAACCAUUUCUUUCACUGCCUGCAUGAUACAGUUCCUCAUCUUUUCUUUCCUUGGUAGUGCUGAGUGUCACCUGCUGGCCAUGAUGGCCUACGACCGGCACGUUGCCAUCUGCCAGCCCCUGCUCUAUGUGACCAUCAUCUCCAGCCGUGUCUGCUGGCAGCUGGUAGCAUCAUCCUACCUAUUCGCCUUCCUCAGUGCCAUCGUCUACACAUGGUGUGUGUUUGGAGGUUCCUUCUGUGGUCCCAACCGCAUCGACCACUUCUUAUGUGAUGUUGUCCCUGUUCUAAAGCUCAUGUGCUCUGACACCCACAGCAGUGAGAUGAUCAUCUUUGCCUUUGUCACCAUCAAUGUGGUGAGUGCAGUUGUUGUCAUUUUGCUCUCCUACAUCUCUAUCCUUUUUACAGUACUGAGCAUGUGCUCAGCACAGAGCAGGGCCAGAGCCUUCCACACCUGUGCCUCCCAUUUGAUGGCUGUUGCCUCCUUUGGUACAAAGGUCUUCAUGUACCUACAACCUCCAUCUAGUCACAGGAGUCAGGAUAAAGUGGCCUCCAUCAUCUAUACAAUCGUCACCCCCAUGCUCAACCCAUUCAUCUACAGCCUGAGGAACAAGGAGGUGAAGGGAGCUCUGAUCAAGUGCAGGAGCAGGUUCUUCAACCACUGGCAACAUAAGAAAGUUCUAUCAUCCAGCACAUGCACAGUUCAUAUCAACUGA